GUCACCAGCAUGUGACUAACUGUAGGCUGUACAUGGUUCAUACAAAGGUAUAGAGCCUGGUGGUGGAAAAGCUCUUUUAGAAAUCCAGUUUGGAUAUAAAGUGGCGGAAAGACCUUCAAAGAACUGUUUCCCUGAUGUAAACUCUCUAUAGGUGGAUCAUUACAGAAUGGAUGACACAGCAGUCACUGACCUCACAGAGUCAACAUCUAAGCCGUCAGUAAACUGAAACUGAUUAACCAGAAGGCAUCAAGCUGAAAGAACCUCACAGUGGAUUUAUCCUCCUUUGGUGUAGAUGAAGGCAAUGAAUCCGCAACAAAACCACAUUGAUGGAUUUUAUUGAGGACAUUCAUAAACCUAAUGCUGUGUAGUCUGAAAAAUUAGAGCAACAGAGUGAACUCAGUCAACUGCCACCAUAUAUUUGAGCCACGUGCACCAUGCAGUCAACAGGGUUGCUUUUUUCCCACACCUUCAGCUCUCUAGAUUUAUCAUGAUGCUAUUUUUGUCCGUUGCACUCCCAAAGUUCCCAGCCAACUGAUUCUGACUGCGACAACAUGUCUCUACCCAAGCGGAGGAAAUUCAGGACUUUUGCUCUGUUGUUUUGUGUCAUUACAUUUACGACGUUCCUGUUCAGCUACACUUUCCGGGACCCGUCGUUCUAUUUCCUCAAGCAAGCUCUCCACUUGUCAGACAACUUUUUCUCCAAAGGGCUAUGUGCCUGUCAACAGUGCAUGACAGAACUGGAGGACGACCCCUGGUUCACUGAACACUUCAAUCAGUCCAUCCACCCUCUGAUGACCAGGGAGAACAGCGUCCUCUCUGAUGAAACCUUUAAAUGGUGGCAGUGGUUGCAGUCAGAGAGGCAGCCGGCCAACUUCACUGAAGUGGUGGAGGAGCUGUUCCAAGUCAUCCCUGAUGAGGUGCUUUUCAUGGACGCCAGCCCUGAGCGCUGCAGGACCUGUUCCGUCGUGGGGAACUCUGGAAACCUAAAGGGGUCUCAGUAUGGCAGAAUCAUUGACUCCAGUGAUUUCAUCAUAAGAAUGAAUCAAGCUCCCACUGCUGGUUUUGAGGAGGAUGUGGGUGCCAGAACAACUCUUCAUGUCAUGUAUCCAGAAAGUGCCAUAGACCUGGACAACACCACCAGUCUGGUGCUCAUCCCUUUCAAGACUCUGGACCUUCAGUGGCUCAUUAGUGCCCUGACCACAGGCAACAUUAAACACACAUAUAUACCAGUUAUAUCCAGGAUAAAGGCAAAUAAAGAUAAGGUGUUGAUUUACAGUCCAACAUUUUUUAAGUACGUCUACGAGUCUUGGCUUGAAGGUCACGGGCGAUAUCCUUCGACCGGCUUCCUCAGCUUGCUGCUCGCUGUUCACAUAUGUGAUGAGGUCAGAGUGUUUGGAUUCGGUGCAGACCAGUAUGGAAACUGGCACCACUACUGGGAGGAGAACCAUUUGGCUGGAGCUUUCCGACACACGGGUGUCCAUGAUGGAGAUUAUGAGUAUAAUGUCACACUGCUGCUGGCAGACAAGCACAAAAUCCGAAUGUUUAAAGGCAGAUGAUACCUAGCCCAUAUGUGCAGUUGGAUGACCACCAAAUGAACCUCAGCAGCCUGUAUUAUUAAUUUUUCCGUCGCCUCAUACCUUUUUUGUCAUGAUUUCCAAAGCCAUUUUCUCAUGAACUCUUCUGGUCUUUCCGGUCUGAUGUUCUCCUUUAUGUCUCUUAUUGACAAAGGUUGUCUCCAAACCUGUGUCCUCAGUCAUGAUCCAUCAUCAGGACAAAAGUGACACUGCCACUUGUUUCAUUAACUGUAAUCCCAAGUCAAACAUGUCUGGGAGUGAAUAGACAAGAAGACAAGUUGUCUUUUAAAGCAUGCUAUACAUCAUUUGUAGCCUACAUUGUUUUAGUGCUAUUAUGUAGUAUGUAUGUAUUCUUUACGUUCUUUGUUCAGUACAGUGGGCAGCAUUAUGGCCACCUCUUUGUUAAUGUUCAAUGGGUUGACACGAAAUAAGCUCAUUGACAAGUUGUAAGAAUUACUCCACCACAUUUCACCACUUUAUCAUUUCGUGUCAGGAUAUUGCCACGGAUGUGGUGGUGGUGGAGGUGUUUUAUAUUAUAAUGGCAGGUAUGGGAGGUAAUCGGCUCUUUUUCCAUUGUGCUGGCGGCUUCUGACAAAAAUCUCAUAAACUACCUGCACUACAGAGCCACUUACAUCUUGCUUGCCUGAUUGCAGCUGUAUAUGUAGUUCACCAAGGCCAAAACAUUUGCAACCUGAUACCAAAUUAUUCACUGACUUGCCAGUAAAGUAAAAAAAAAAUUUAAAUUUUAGAACAUCCCCAAUAACUCCCUGCAGCUGAAAUCCACAAAUUCUCAAAGGUAGUUAUUUCCCUGAUUACCCGUGAUGAAAUAGCUCAGUCUUAAUGUGCAGCAGAACAUGCAAAUAGCUGCAGCUAUGAGCACAAUGUAACAAAGUACAGAAAAGUACUAAAGCGGUGCCAAAAAUGGCAUCAAAACGCCCCAAGAAAUCUAGGAUUACAUGCCUUAACUGUUUUUGGGUUACAUUUUAGAGUGUCCCUUGGCCCCCAAAGGACUCUACUGGAGACCAGGUGUAUGAAUGGCACUAUGGGGAAGCAAUCCAUUAGAUUUAUUUUCACUCAGUGUGAUGAAAAAGUGAGAGAGGUUUUAAAUGGAGUUCUGCUUGAGGCGUAACACAACUACCAAGUACUCGUUGACAGUCAUUCAUCAUGAAAAACUGAUAAAAUAGCAGCCCAUACGUAUGAGUAGUACAGCCUAUACAAAGGUGCCUUAUCAUUAAAAUCAGUGAUGUACUGUACAUUUUUUGAUGUACAUUGUGACACAUUUUUGAUGAAAAGUCGUUGCAAAGUGCCUUUAAUGAGUUUGUUUUUUUUAAGAUUAAUUUUACCACAACGUUUUACUGUAUUAUAAGUAUCAUUAUUAUCACGCAAUUUGUAAGUAACCUUUACAAGCUUAUGUUAUUGUUUUGUUAACAGUGUACAUUUUAAAGAAUCAUAUGCAUGAUACAUAUAGUCAUUUUAAAUAUUUCCAGUAGGAUUCUUUAAUGUAUAUGCCACAGUACAAAAUGUUGGGUGUAUACAUGUCAACUCGUUUUGAUAAGACGCAGCCACGUAUGUUUUGUCAAGGCUUGAAAUUAUAAGCUGCACUUGCUGAACUUGUUGUAUAUGUGUGAAUACUGAAUGAUUCAAGAAAUACAGAAGCCCUUCUGCCAUAGUAUUAUCAUGUUCACCAGCAAAUCUCUGAUCUGAAAGGUUAUUUCAGAUUGGUGAUGCUUGUCUAAUAUUCUAUGAUUUGCUCCAUGUGCCUUGAAACAUAAUGGGACAUUUGCCCGUCCAGUGUUUUUUUUUAUUUUUAUCAUUUUCUUCUUCCUAUGAAAGCAGACUGAUAAGAAGAGAGCCAACCACAAGUACAUGUAUUUGUACAGUUCAGAUUUGUCUGCCACCUUGUUUGUAUACUGCCGUCACAGAGGACAGCAGUCUGCGUUUGUUCUGCAGGUGACAGUGACCCCUGGUGGACAGGAACGUGUAUCAGCAUCACCUGAAUUGUCUAUUAAAAGAAUGAAUGAUAGCUUAAAGGUAUUAAAUGAUACAUUAUUCAUUGUUAAAUAUUCAAAUAUCAUUAAAAAGGAUAUUACAUGUGUGUAUUU